CCUCUCUCUUCUCCUCUCUUCUCUCUCUGUGUUUGCUCCUGCAUGUGAAUACCUUUGCUGUAAGCUUCGUAGCGAUGGAGUUUUUGAGCUCCACAAUCUCAACCAAUCCUCAGAUUUCUCCUGCAAUUCAGUUUCUUACAUGGAAAAGCCCUUCGAGGCUAACUAUACCCAAAUCAGGAAACCCUCGUUCCCAUCCCCAAUUUUCUCGCUAUUUAUUCCGCUCUAUUCCGUCCAGGAAUUUCCAAAUUUCAGCUCAUUCUCGCAGACCUACUAACCGCCAGAAUUAUCUGAGGAAGAAACUCAGUCAACAACACCACCAGCAGGUGAGGGACCUUCAAACCUCUAAUUUUGAUAAAGUUGAUUCAAACGUUGAUAUUUCUGAUGAAAUGAACUCGAAUCUCGAUAAAAUUAGGGUUGAUAAUGAUUCAAAUUUUGAUAGUUCUAGUGGAGAUAUGAAGAAGAAUCUCGAGGGGAGCAGUAUUGAUAAUGAUUGUAGCGAUGGUGUUGAGGAAUCCGAAAUGGAUUUGAGGAAAAGGAAAUUUGGUGAAUCUGUUAUGUGGAAUAAGUUGGAGAGUUGGGUUGACCAGUAUAAGAAAGAUUCUGAAUUUUGGGGGAUAGGGAGUGGCCCUAUAUUUACUGUGUUUCAGGACAGUGAAGGUAAGGUGGAAAGAGUAGUUGUCAACGAGGAUGAAAUUCUGAGGCGAACUCGAGUUGAUCCACAGUCGAGUAACGAGUCUGAGGACUUGUCUGAAUUUAAUUUUAAGACAUCUUUUGCGAAAGACUUGGCAAGAGAAAUGGAGAGUGGGAGUAAUGUGAUUCCGAAGAACAGUUCCGUAGCCAAGUUUUUGCCGUCUGGUGGUGAAACUGAAUCGCGUCUUACAAAGGCAAUUCGGGGUGUCACGAUAAAACCAGGUUUAUUACCAAGAAUGUCGAAAGUCGGGGUCUUAGUUUUAUGUGGCUUAGUUAUGGUUUGGUCAUUUAGGGGGCUGUUCAAUAUUGGCAAAGAUAGUAAAGAAGAGUACACAAGUUUGGAGAAGGAGAUGCUGAGAAGGAAAAUAAAAGCUAGAAAGGAGAAAGAGAAGGUAGUGAAAGGUAGUGUGGAAGUGGUUCAGGAUCCGGUCGAGCCGAAAAUUAUGCCUUUUAAGAGGCCUCAGCUUGAUAAGGAAGAACUUGUGAGUACCAUUUUUAAGGCCAAGGGGUCGAAAAGUGAACUGGAAACGGUGGAGUAUAGUGGUGAGCAAACUAAGGAAUUCAAAGAGAAAAUCGAAGAAAUCAGGGCAAUGGCUAGGCUUGCACGAGAAAGUGAGAAAAGAGAUGUUUUGUCUGAUGAUAGCGAUGGUGAUUAUAGUGAUGGCGAGGAUUCUCAAGCGUUGAAAGAGUUGUCUACACAUAGUGAAAGUCCACAAAACGACUUUCUUUUUCAGAAAGAGAUAUCUAGUAGUGAUUCUGAUGAAACGAAUGAUGAUAUUGGACAGUCUGAGAACGAAGCUUUACAUGAGAAAAGUGAGACAUCGUUUCAUGACAUUCCUGACAGUACUGAAAACUGGAGACCGGAAGUUAACACAAAAUUGGUUUCAAAAUCCUCGGAUUUGAGUGAAGCUAACCUACACUCGGAAGGUCCUGGCAGUCAAUCGGGCCCAUAUGAAAAUUCUUCGAGAAAAAAGUUAAGAAUCAUAAAAUCAGCUAAGGAAGCCAGGGAGUAUCUCUCGAGUAAGCAUGACAAACUGGAGGUGAACCAAAAGCAUGAAGUUAGAAAUAAUGAACUGACUGAUUUUGCUGUUACCAUGCCCAGUACAAAUGGAGCAUCUGGUACCACAAAUCAGAUCUUAGAUUCAACUAACGAGACAUAUGAAUCUUCCUCGAUAAGUGGAAUACAUGAUCUUUCAGAUCCUUCUGAAAAUUACCGUGGAACAACGGAAGGAAAUGCUGAUUUGGAUAAAGAUGCUGGAAUAUCGGAACUCAAGAUUCGUGAGAUAAAAGAAACAGAUAUUAGUGCAAGCCAGGAGAACUUUAAUUACAAAAAUGAAAUAUCUUCUUCUGUACGGGGCAAGCCAGAGUCUAUAUCUACUGAAUUUGACGAAGGCUUGAUUCAGAAAGAAGAAGUAUCGACUCCACUUAAGAAGCAUAAUUCUGAAGUUACUGAAAAAGAAGAAGUAUUGAUAGGUCUUCAAGUGCCUGAAAGUACAUCUGUUGACGAAGUUAAGGAUAGAACUGCAGAUCUAGGGGCGUCGGUGAAAAAGGAAAACUGGAUAGAAAAGAAUUUUCAUGAAUUUGAACCCAUUAUGGAGAAGAUGGGAGUGGGCUUCAGAAACAAUUACCUAGUUGCAAGGGAGAAAGCAGAUCAAGAAACUGAAUUGAUGAUUGCAUCUGAUGGUGCUGAAAGUGAACUUGAUUGGAUGAAAGAUGAAAAGCUCAGAGAGAUAGUAUUCAAAGUGAGAGACAAUGAGCUGUCGGGAAGAGAUCCGUUUCAUCUUAUGGACGAAGAAGAUAAAUGUGCAUUCUUUAGUGGCCUUGAGAAGAAAGUUGAUCAAGAAAAUCAAAAGCUGCAGAACUUGCAUGAAUAUCUUCAUUCCAACAUCGAAAACCUUGAUUACGGAGCAGAUGGCAUUAGCUUGUUUGAUGCUCCCGAGAAAGUCAUGCCUCGGUGGAAAGUCCCGCCUGCAGAAAAGAAUCCCGAAUUUCUGAACAACUUUAUGGAACAAAGAAAGGCAAAUGUAGCUGAAGGCCUUAAGAAAUCAUUUACCUCAAAUAAAACUGGAAAAGAUUCCGUUCAUGAAUCAAAAGAUUCUUCUUCCAACGGGAAUAUUCCUGCCGCCACAGAUGCCACUACAAGUAAAGAACUUCACAAAGAUAAUUUAGCAUCUUCAAAGACCGUUAUACAAGGUAGUGAUGGCUCUCUUAGGGCAGGCAAAAAAUCAGGAAGGGAGUACUGGCAGCACACAAAGAAAUGGUCACAAGGGUUCGUCGAAUCUUAUAAUGCAGAAACAGAUCCAGAAGUCAAAUCCGUAAUGAAGGAUAUGGGGAAGGAUUUGGACCGUUGGAUCACAGAGAAAGAAAUACAAGAAGCUGCUGAUCUAAUGAACAGAGUCCCCGAAAAGGGUCAAAAGUUCAUCAAACAAAAACUCGAAAAAGUGAAAAGGGAAAUGGAACUGUAUGGACCCCAAGCUGUUGUGAGCAAGUACAGUGAAUACACAGACGAAAAGGAAGAAGAUUAUUUAUGGUGGCUAGACCUUCCCUUUGUACUGUGUAUAGAAUUGUACACGGUCGAAAACGGGGAGCAGAAAGUCGGUUUCUAUUCAUUAGAGAUGGCUUCUGAUCUUGAAUUGGAUCCAAAGCAAUACCAUGUAGUUGCUUUUGAAGAUGCUAGUGAGUGCAAGAACUUUUGCUACAUCGUACAAGCUCACAUGGAAAUGCUGGGAAUCGGAAACGCCUUUGUUGUUGCUCGACCACCCAAGGAUGCUUUCCGCGAAGCAAAAGCAAAUGGGUUCAGUGUGACUGUUAUAAGAAAGGGUCAAGUGAAGCUCAAUAUAGACUAGACAUUGGAAGAAGUAGAAGAAUCUAUUGAAGAAAUAGGUAGUAAGAUAUACCAUGAUAAAAUCACCAAGGGCCGUUCGGUUAAUAUAGAUGCAUUGAUGAAGGGAGUAUUCGGCGUCAGCAAAUCGACCAAGAGGAAGAGGCGAAAAUCGAAGAAAAAACGUAUUACACCGUGAAAAAGUGCUGCUUGAAACACAAUUUUUGAGCUCACUUGUCUACAUUCUUGGUCAAUCAUUUUUGGUGAAACUAGUAGUAUCAUUACAUUGAAAUAUAUUCCUUAAAUCAAGUGCAAAGAACAACACUUGUACAGAUUGAAAUGGCACGUAGUAAUUAAAUUUUUUUUUUU